UGCGCCUCCAGGAGCAGCCAUCCGGCAGUUUUCCACCCUUUUUGGCUAUUCCUCGAGAAUAGUGAUAAGUUUUUACAAAAAAAAAAAAAGAGUUAUUUAAGGGUGCAUUUGAAAAGAUAUUUUAAAGAGAGACAAAACGCUAUUUGAAUUAGACAUCUACCUUUAACUAAAACUAUGUAGCCUAUUUAGGACAUAUUUCCUCUGCCUUUAUUAGUGGAGACUUUUAGUGAGUCAUUUAAUCUUGCUGAAAUAGAGCAUGGAUAGGGUUGUAGCUAGGCUGUACAACACAGAGUUGCAAUAUGGGGUAAUUUAUUAUCAUUAUUCAUUAGUGCUUGCAAGAAUUUUUAGAGCUGAAACAGUGCAUAGGCGUAUUUUGUUUUAUUAACAAAAUAUAAAACAGCAUUCAACAAAGUAUGCUAUGCUGGUUUUUUCGCUAAAUAAGGGUUAUUAUUAUUAUUAUUAGUAGUAGUAGUAGUAGUAGUAGUAGUAGUAGCAGUAGUAGUAGUUUCAUUUGAAGUAGAAGUUGUUUAACAGUAUAAUUUGUGAAAGGUGUUAGACAACCACAGGUUACACCAUGGUGUCCAGCGGCACAGCCACGUGACUUACUUCCGGAAUGACUGUUGCUAUAGAUACGAGCUAGUCACUCUAAACUGAGGAAAGCUGACCCCCUGUCUGCUGCAUGUUUCGGUGUAGAUUGAGAGACCCUUUAGCCUCCUUGUUGGAUUACAGUAUUAAGUGGCAAAGGGAAAAGAGGACAAACACUUUUUUUAAACCCUGAAGACAGAGCAAUGUCACAAAGGUAAACUUUUUUUUACCGAAGUUGGUUGAACAAACGUUGAACAGCUAGCCAACGUUAGCUGGAUUCCAUUAUAUUCUUCCAAAGCUAAAACACAUUUUUCAUUAUCAUCCUGUGCAUAAAACGUAAAAUAUACAAUUAACAUAUUGUCUUGAUCAAAUGUACACCAAUUCUGAUAUAUUUAUCUCUGACAUAUUUAUCCCUGAAUAACACUAGUUGAACUGUUGACACUCAUUCAGGUCUUACAACCAGCUGUGGGCAGAUGCUCAGUUGGAGUUGGGUCGUCUGCUGAAUGAGGAGCUGCCUGCUGAGCCCCCUCGACCUGAGAAGGACAGGGUGGUGUUCUUCCAGCGCCUGGCCAUGCGUUAUGUGCGGUAUAUUCAAAUUUUCAGACAGCUGGAGAAGGUCUAUGAUCAGGUUGUCCACCCCCAGAAGAGGCGUGAUAUCCGGGCCAUUGUUGAUGGGGUGAUGGGCCGGGUGUUGGAGCUCAAGAAUGAGAUGGUGGAAAAAGAGUACUCAGAAUACCACUACAUGGAUGAUGUCCUUCAUGUCCUAAAGCUUGUGCCUGUAAGUGUCAUUUUGUGGCUGAAAAUAUGAUGAAAUGAGAUUUCUUGAACAUGAUUUUACUGGUAUACCCUUUUAUAAUGAGAUAAGAGCUGUUUUCCUUCUUUGAACACCAGGCAGACCUUGAGAUCCCUAUCCCUCGCUAUUUCAUCAGUGAACGCAGCAGAGAAAUCCAGGAACGAAAAGCGAUGCUGACAGAAAUCCUUAACAUUGAGGAGUUCACUGGAAGCCCUGAAGUGAGUUGAUAAAGUUUCAGUGAGGAACUUUAAGUGUUAGCACCUCUUGUGGAUAAAACAGUCCUUGCUGAAAUUGUCCUGUAGAUGUGUAAUUGGUAUUUCAAGACCCCCAAAAACCUUAUCCUGCUCUCUUACAACAAUCAUAUGCAUUACUCCUCAAGAAGCUUUGCAAAGCAGUAGGAAAAAAACAGUGUCAGCAGUAUGCAGUUGAUCAAAUUUUGAACAUGAAAUGACUACAUAGAAAUAAUCACUCUUCUCGCUCAUGGUCUUGUCAAAAAGAGAUAUCACUGUUGGUUUUAGUAUGUUAUUGGACCAGCUAAAAAACUCCCCAAAGGAGUUUGAAAGCGUGAUGUAAUUUAUUUAUCUCUGGGUGUUGGUUUCACUCAUAAUUCAUUUGUUCGAAACUUUCACAGAUAGGCUUUGAGUGAGAAAUAAUGUUAUGGAGAUUUAUUACAUCAUUCAUGUCAAAUGGACAAGGACAUUACGUAAAGAAAACUACUGCAAGUGUUUUGUCUGCCUAUGGUCUGUAUAGCCUCCACUGACGGAGGACAUGAGCCAAGAAGAGGCAAUUAAGAUCAUUCAGAUGUUGGAGAGGGCCCGUCAAGGCCGCCAGAGAGCAAAGUUGUAUGAAGAAAGCAAAAACAUGAACAGGAUGUACGGAAGAAAGGACCCUGGUUCAGCAGAAAUUGAGUUGGCCGCAGUCUGCAUUCAAAAGGUCAUCUAUUCUCACGUCAUUCAAAACACCUUUUCUUCUUUUUCUUUGUUGGACUUGCAUCACCUUUUUACCGUUAGACGUCGCUGAAUGUUAUCCACAGGUUUGGAGGGGCUACAAAGCAAGAGUAAGAGCAAAGGCUGCCCGGGAGGAGGAAAUGAUCUUCCUGGGAAUGGUGAGCAAAAUAGAUCAAUAUUGCAGAUUUGAAGUAAAUGAGCCAAAAUACUCCUUCAGCUUUUGAGAAAACCAUCUAAGAAAUACAUUUACCAAAUCUCGAAGUUCAGUGUCAUCUCUGGUUUGCUUUAGAUUUUAUAGCCGGACAUAAAGGACAUUUUAAUUCUUUCUGGUGUGGAAGAAUGUGAAACUUCAUUGUCAAGCUCGUACUGCUAUAUUUCCUCAUUGCACUCAUAUAUAGACUGCACUAAACUUAUACUCUCUUUUCUCUUUCUUCUUCAUAACAUAGUGAUUUUUUUCUAAUGGCUUGCAACAACUUUUGUUUGGUCUCAUCCAUGAUAGGUAAUGGAUCCAAAAUAUCAUGUGCCCUGCCCUGCAGAAAUCACAGCCCAGGCCAAUGAAGCUUAUUUCCGCAUUAAACAGGAAGAGUAUGAAGAAGACUAUCUGAAGUCUGUCGUGGCUGUCACAAACCAACUAAGAGAUGUAGAGGGUUCAGACAUGAGCAAAACCAUGAAACAGCAGAUCAGACAAUGGUUCAUUGAAUGUCGGUGAGGUGGCACAGUAGAGCUUGUCAUAGGUUUUUUUUUUACAUUGAUGCAUCAUUUUGACAUUUGCUUAAAUCAAUCAUUAUCUCCUCUGUAAAUCAUGAUUUUAAAAUAGUGAUGCGACAGGAUCGUUUCCAGACUAUCCUGACGUCGAGGAUGGAGGCUCAGCUCUUAUUUUUGCAGAAAAGGACCCUCAGCAGGUGAAAUACAUUUAGGAGCAAAUUCUGUUUUAUAGUUGCUUUGAAAGUGAUGUACAAACUUGGGUUUAGUUAAGGGAAGAACUUGCUGCAAAGGAAGAGGAGGAGUCCAACAACAAACCAAAAGGAAAGGAGGAGAAGAAGGAAAAAGGGAAGAAGGACAAGGGGAAAGAUAAUGAGGAAGUAAGUGUAAACAGCUGUAUUGUGUUAUUUGUUGUUUUCUCAUUAUUGUACAUUUGCAAGAAUAUUGAAUAAAUUAGAUAUCACUACUUUGAUAGAUCAACUUUUUAAGCUUGUUAGUUUAUAUGUGAACCAAUAUAUUCUUUACUCUCAGGAAGAAGAAGCUGGAUUGAAGAUGCUUCCUUCUGCUUUUCUGUCAGACUUGGAAGCUGAAAGCAAAAAAUUUUCAGGUGUGUCUAAAUCUGAAAAGAUCAAGUAAUUUUGUGUUAGUAUUUUACUCUCAAAAUUAAGAAAUAGUUUAGUUUCAAGUAUCCUGUCUAGAUGGAAGUCCUCAUGAUGGAAAUUGGCCUGAGUUUUUUGUUGUGGUUAAAGUGUUUCCUGCAUUUUAAUAGUUCAUUCACAUGAAAAAACAAUCUCUUAACAUUUUUUGUCAUCUUCAGAUUUUUGGAAAACACGCGAUGAGUCCCAAAAUUUCAGUCAGAGGCACGAGGUGGAGUUGAUCAAAGAACAAAAGAGGAAAGAAAUCGAGACAGAGAUUCGGCUACAGGUUGUGCAGACUGAAGAAUGAUACACUUUUAUGCGUUAUAUGAUACAAUCAACACAUUCAAGAGACUUCAUAUUUCACAGUCACCGAUUCUGUGAUAGAAACAUUUAAGUUUAAAACUGAUAACAAUACCACCUGUAGCUGCUCUCACUCUUCUGUUUUUAUCAGGUAGAUGAGCAGAUGAGACAAGAACUGGCUGAAUGGAAACUAAAUAAAGACAAGAGUGGUAAAAGCAAAGGAAAUGCUAAGGUAAAAAGUGACAAUUAAAAAAUACUUAAAAAAAGAACACACCUUGAUGUGUGUCCUAGUAACUACAUUUAUCUCAACAGAAAAAGAAAGGAUCAAAGAGUGGAAAGAAGAAAAAAAAGGAAAAAGAUUUAACAUCAGAUAGGUAUGGUCACAUUGUGGGUGCACUUGCCUUGUGCAUCUUGUAGAGUAUGAUUUGAAGUCCAGAACUGAAUUACAUGAACUUGAUUAACUGGUUUGUGCAGAUACUGAAAAAGUCAAUGGCAUCAUUAAUCCAUGUCUGCUAGGACCGUUGAGUCUCUGUGUCAGGAGCUGGUGGAACAGGGCUUGCUGAAAAAGGCUGAUGACGUCAGACUGCAGGAUUACUUGGGUGAGAUUUAUGCAUUGUUUGCGCAAACUUGUACAUCUUUCAUCCUCAUAUUUUAGAAAUCUUUCAUUGUUUUUAAACUGAUUAAAAUUCAUCAAUGAAGCUGGGGCAAACCCUUUCAAUACACUGUGGGCCUAUUUAACAGUCAAGUGUUUGUGAAACUGUUUAGUGGUGACGUGCUGCCCUCUUCAGGUGUAUGAACAUCAAGACACCUCAAUCACAAGAAAUAUUUAUGAAUAACACAUCUGUCUACAUUUUGAGUAGUGUAUUCAAAUAUUUAUUUUAAGUUUUAUCAAUCGCUGUAAAGUAUAUGAAUAGUUAUCUUUUUAAUAGUUGUUUCCACAUCUUCUCAGGUGACUAUAACUAUCUUGGGACCACCUUGAGGCAAAACGACAUUGAACCCAUGCCCUCAUUAUCAGAUGUCCGGCAGGUCUUAUCCCUGUAUGCAAUAUUGCCAUUAGGUAUGACAUGAUUCAGUUCAAAGUGGGAAUAUAUAAUUAAUCAUUUCCCUGCUUUUGACUUUGACGCAUGUGUUGUUUGCAGGCUCUCAGGUGGUGCACGAGAAGGCUCCUCUCAUAAAGGCCAUCCUGUUGGUAGGGCCAGCAGGUGUUGGGAAGAAGAUGUUGAUCCAUGCUAUCUGCCAUGAGUCAGGUGCAAACCUGUUUGACCUGUCCCCUCUGAACAUAGCAGGGAAAUAUCCAGGCAAGAACGGCCUCGCCAUGAUGCUCCACAUGGUGUUUAAGGUACCACAAUAACCUAAGUCUUGAAUGAUACUGAAUGCCAAGUAAAAAUGUGCGGUAGUUUAAAAUGACUCCAGUACAAGUGGAUAAUGAGAGUAUAUGUAAAGCCGACUCAGUUAAAUAACUUCAACUGUGACAACCCAGACAUAUGCAACAAAUGUGGUAGAAAGGGCACAUUAUACCACUGUCUAUGGGACUGCCUGCUGAUUCAGGCUUUUUGGAGUGAAGUGAAGGAUAUGAUUUUUCAUGUUACAGGUUAAAAACUACUAAUAUGCUCAAAAAUGUGUAUUUUUGUAGUUUUACCCAUAAAUCAUAACCUUAGCAAAGCAAAAAAAUACAUGAUUAGUUUUCACAUGUUAUAAGCUCAAUAUACCAAAGCAAAAUCUUGGAAAUCCACUACUAAAUCAAGUAUUAGAGUCUGGCCUUCAGAACUGUCAGAUUGUCUUGCACUGGAAAAACUCACUUUUACGUUAAAGGGUAAAUAUUUCAUUAUUGACAGUAUGUGGAAUUCCUUAGAGGGGAGGAUAGCUUUCGAGGCACGUUCGAGGCACCAUCAACAAACGGUUAUUGCUAUGUAUUCACUAUACGUCUGUUUGUUUUUCUUUUUUUUCUGUGUCAUUUUAAGUGAAGUACUUUACCUUCCAGGAUAAAUUAAGUUGACUUCUGGACUACUGGAGAUUCUGUGGGGGGAUUUAUGUUUUGGACUGUGUAAAUACUUCAUGUUACUGCCCUGUUAUGUUUAUCUGUAUACCUUAUUGAAGAUAAGCUUUACUGUGAUAGUUUUGUUUUACACCUGUAUGAUUUGUUGUAGUGGUUUUUUUUUCUUUUUUUCUCCUUUAUAAACAAUUAGAAAAUACACUUUAUUUAAAAAAGGAAAAAAAAAGUGCAGUAGAGGACACUUCAGAUCCCCUGAGUAAAAACCAAACCCAGCUUUUAUGUGCAACUCUAAACUCAUUUUAUGAUUAGUUACCCUCAGUUCAUUAUCCCCUCAAAAAGAAAAUAGUGAAAGUUCCCCAGUAAAGCAUUUGUCUGUACCAAGCGUCGGCAAAAAAGUCAAAUAAGUUGUUCAAGCCUUGGUGAAACAAAGGAUUUGGAUGAGAUACUCGCUCAGAUUUUUUGGCUCUGAUAGAAAUUGUAUAAUCAUCGUCACACAGGUUGCGAGAUUGCUGCAGCCUUCUGUAAUAUGGAUUGAAGAUGCAGAAAAAAUGUUCUACAAGAAAGUUCCCAAGGAGGAAAAAGAGGUAUUUCUUUGCAAGAUGAGGUCUAAGAAUUUAUUUAUUUAUUUUAAAUAUUCUAAAUCAUUGUAUGUGUACACAGUUGGACCCCAAACGCUUAAAAAAAGACUUGCUGAAGUCUCUCAAGUUGGUCAAAGGAGAAGAUCGUGUUCUGGUAGUUGGAACAACUAAAGACCCACUAAGUGCUGAUAUCAAGUCAUUGUGCAAAAUGUACAGCAAAAUUAUCCUGAUCCCCAGACCUGACUACGGCUCAAGAUACAGUAAGAACAGACCUGUUGAGAGUCAUUUUUAGUUUUUCAUUGUAAUUAUAAUGAAAUAUCAAGUUUUUGGCAUCAAAAAUGAUCUGUCACUUUUGUCUUCUUUUCCAGUCUUGUGGGAACAGCUGAUCAAAAAGCAGGGAGGUGUGAUAACCAGGGCGCUUGACCUCAGCUCCCUUGCAAAGAUUUCAGAUGGCUACACACCUGGUCACAUAGUCAAGGCGAUUCAGAGCGUUAUCACUAAGCGUCGCAUCUUACGGCAGGCAAACCGACCUCUGAUCGCCUCUGAGUUUGUUGCUCCAUUAGCCAAGAUUGACCCCGUGUUUCAAGAGGAAGAAGAGGCCCUCAAGGUACAGUACAAAUCCUGUUUAAUGUUAUCAUUGCCUUUUCAUGAGCAAUUGUCCAGCUGCAGACCUAUACUUCUGAGUGCUUACACUUCCAUUGUUUUUUGUCUUAUGUGUAAAGACCUGGUAUGCAAAGACCCCACUUGGAAAGAAGAGAAUUAAAGCCGCCACAGGAAAGGAAGAAGAAGAAACCCCAGCUAAAGGCAAAAAUGCAAAAAAGAAAGGAAAAAAAUAAUUUUCUUGUCGUGUUUUUUUCAUUAAUUCAAAAAGUGGAAUGACAAGAGAAAGUUAUUGAUUGGAUG